UGUCGUCUCGAUCAUCCCAUUUGUUUCUUUAUCGUUCUUGUUGUUAUUCGUUUGGUGUAACGCUUGAUCGAAACGAGGAAGGAGAAGGGGAGUUUGCGAGUUUCUCUCAAGAGGAUGGAUGAAUUUGUAGAGAUGGUGGCUAAGAUCUUGAGUGAUAGGUGAUGCACAACUCUUUAAGAACAUUGGGCCAUGGCAGGAACGGUUCCUUUUCUAUUUUAGAGAGCAAGGCCUCUUGCAUGUUUGCGUCUGGUGCAAUUUUGAGGAGGCAGCAUUUUUUAGUAAGAUCUCUGAGAGGAUACAAAAUCCAAAAUUUCACUAAAACAAUGGCCGAGAUAAAAUAUUCAGUUGAUGAGGCUGUUGCUGGAAAAAUCCUACGAACAAUAACUCCUGAUCUUGAUCCUGGCAGAUAUAAGGGCCAGGCAGGGAAGAUUGCAGUUAUAGGUGGUUGCCGUGAAUAUACAGGUGCACCAUACUUUGCAGCAAUAUCUGCCUUGAAAAUAGGUGCUGAUUUAUCUCAUGUCUUUUGUACAAAAGAUGCUGCACCAGUUAUAAAGAGCUAUAGCCCUGAGCUUAUUGUCCAUCCUGUGCUUGAAGAAUCUUAUAGUGUAAGGGAUGAUGAAAGGGGACUUACAUCCAAGAAAGUUCUUGCAGAAGUUGCGAAAUGGAUGGCUAGAUUUGAUUGCCUCGUUGUUGGACCUGGCCUUGGAAGGGAUCCGUUUCUUAUGGAGUGCGUGAGUGAGAUUAUUACAGCGGCUCGACAUUCAAAAAUUCCAAUUGUAGUUGAUGGGGAUGGUUUGUUUCUUGUCACAAGCAAUCUUGAACUGAUACAAGGGUACCCUUUGGCUGUUCUAACUCCAAAUGUGAAUGAGUACAAGCGUCUUGUGGAGAAGGUUUUUGGAGGUGAAGUCAACUGCAAAGAUGGGCUCGACCAGUUACAGUCAAUUGCUCAAAGGAUUGGAGUGACGAUUCUGCAGAAGGGAAACUCUGAUAUCAUCAGUGAUGGCAAAUCAGUUACGUUGGUGAACAUUUUUGGAUCUCCACGGCGUUGUGGUGGCCAGGGUGAUAUUCUGUCUGGAAGUGUCGCAGUUUUCUCAUCUUGGGCAAGACAAGUGCUUGAAACUCAGAAGGAACCAGAUGACAGUAUUCCAAUGAAUCCAAUGGUGCUGGGAAGCAUUUCUGGUUCUGUUUUGCUGAGAAAAGCAGCAUCAGUUGCUUUUGGUAAGAAGAAGCGAUCGACUCUCACAACAGACAUCAUCGAAUGUCUAGGAGAAAGUUUGGAGCAUCUGUGCCCGGUCUCCUGAAGCUGUUGGGUUGUACUAUACAGGUUUCUUGUAUUCAUGUUCAUGCCAUCAGCAUUUCUAGUUUUCUGUUUAAGCGUUGUUGGCAAUUGAUCUCUUGUAGUAACCUAGUCAGUUGAAGAGUACGAUUGCCAGAUUUAGGGCCUUUGUCUUUAAUGUUUGUUGUUCUGCGGUCAACACUUGAGAAUAAGAACAGAAAGGUAUAAUAAUUUUUUUAA